UGCAACCAUUUGAGGUGGAGCACCAAGUUUCCAAAACUCCAUGUGCUCCAGUCCAUAAGGCCAGGGACUGUGGCCUUCUUCAUAUACACAGUUGCAGCCACCGAGAAAAGAUGCUAUGGCUUUCUCCUUCACAGUCCUGAUCUGUUUCGGACUCACUCUGAGACCAAGGAUCCCAGUGCUGGCAGGAGCCUUACCAAAGCCAACCAUCAAGGCUGAGCCAGGCUCUCUGGUCACUAGGGGAAUGCAAGUGAACAUCUCAUGUAUGGGGAUGUCAGAUGCACAGAAGUAUCUUCUUUAUAUUAUGAAAUUCAAAAAUAUCCAGCAUAAACAAACCUCAGUGGAACGUGGGGAGAAAGCCGUGUUCUCCAUAAGCUCAAUUGGAGAGUAUGAUGGAGGCGAAUAUUACUGUUUCUAUAAAACCACCUCUGGCUGGUCAGCACGCAGUGACAAAGUUGAGCUGGUAGUGACAGGAAACUUUGACAAUAAGCCCUGCCUAUCACUCCUGCCCAGACCUGUGGUGACCUCAGGAGAGACUGUGACCCUCAAGUGUUUCUCACAGGAGGAAUAUGACAGGUUCAUUGUGACCAAGGAAGGAGAACAGAAGCACUCCAUGGUCAUGGAGUCACAGAAGACAUCUGCUGGGCAGUGCCAGGCCCUGUUCUCUGUGGGCCCUGUGACUCCCAGAAGUAGUGGAACAUUCAAAUGUUAUGGCUACUACAAGGCAAACCCACAUGUUUGGUCAGAACCUAGUGACCACCUGGAAAUACAAGUCUCAGGAUCAGCUAAGAACAUCAGUCUAUCACAUAACAUGUGCAAGCCCAAGACAGCUUCAGACACCCAGGAUUGCACAAUAGAAAAUCUCACCAGGUUGGGGAUGGCUGGCUUGGUCCUCAUAAUUCUUGGGGUUCUGCUGUUUGAGGCUUGGCACAGCCGGAAAUGGACCUACCAUGCAGCUGGGAAGUUGUUUCCCCAUACUCCAGAGGCUGCUGCUGAAGUUCCUGAAUCUAUGAGAGAAAAGAUGGAGAGCAUCAAAGGGAAACCAGGAAAGGAAGGAUUGGAUGGAUCCAGGAUCGACAGCAUCAAUAUCUUGACGAAUGGUGGAAUCAUUUUCCUGAGCCUCGACGACUCUGGUCAGGCGACUCGGAACCCAAUGAGGUGCUUCUUGCCCCUGUGGAAAAACACAAACAGCUCCUCUGUACCUCCGAAUGACAGGGUCCGGGCCAUACCAUUUGUUAUCCAGCACAUUUUUCCACAUCACAUCCCCUACCCUAUCCGGGGUGGUGUAGGUGUGUCGGUCAGCUGCUGUACAGCCUUUGUCAUCCAUUAUCAAGAAAUUGAGACAGAGAGAUAUGACAAGUUCAUCCUCACCAAAGAAGAUCAGACAUCCUCCAGCUACCUGGAUUUACAGUAUAUACCUUGUAGCAGACGGUACCAAAAAGCCCUCCUGCUGAUACACAAAGCAUCCAUUCAUCCAUCCAUCCAUCCAUCCAUCUAUCUCUUGGACCCAGGAAAGAGCCUCACCCUGGAGUGCUGCUCUAACAUCAACUAUGACAAAUUCCUCUCUACUGAGGUGGGGUGGGACCUCACCCAACACUAUGGCUAGCAGAUCCUGACUGGUCUUUUCUUGGCCAACUUAACCUUGGGUUCUGUGAAGCACUCUACUAGAGGCCAAUACAGAUUAUUUGGUGCACACAACCUCUCCUGUGAGUGGACAUCGUGAUCACAGUGGGGGAUCAGGAGAAGAGGUCAGUCAGAGGAAAUAGAGUCCCAGGUGCCCAUAGUAGACCCAGUAUCAUGGCAAUAUGGCUCCAUAGUACACUUGGGAGAGAAUGUGAUCCUGCUGUGUCUAUCAAUGAAGCCAGUGGAUAUUUUCAUUCUGUACAAAGAGGGAACAGCCCAUACAACCCACUGCCUAAAAUCAAUGUUUUGAACUCAUCAGCUCUGGCCAGAGUUCUCUAGGAGUUCUGUGCCCUCUCCCUUGGGGGGCACCUACAGGGGAUAUGGCUUUGAAGACCCAUUCCUUUAUCUCUUGUCAAAUGCCAGUGUCCCUGUUGAGGCUAUAGUCUCAGGAUCCUUAGGAGCCUCUAACCCACCCCCAAUGCCCAUGAAAACAGCUGGCAAGCUCUAUAGUGUUGCCCAUAAUUUUGCACUGCUGCAGCCUCUAGGAAGAGAUACCAUGACCACCUUCUUCACAACACUGCUCUGUCUGGGACUGACUCUGGACCUCAGGAAUGAAGGGCUGCCAGGAGUCUACACUAAACCCAGACUGUCAGCACAACCAAGCCCUGUGUUGGCACCAGGAAAGAAUGUUACCCUCCAGUGUGUCUCAAAGAAGCAAUAUGACAGGUUUAUUCUGAUUAAGGAAGGACCACAGAAGCUCUCCUGGAUUAUGGACUCACAAUAUAACCAAUCUUCUGGGCAGUUUGAAGCUCUGUUCUUUCAGGGCUCUUUGACUCCCAACCAGCGUUGGACAUUCAGAUGUUAUAGCAAUUACAGGAACAAACCACAGGUGUGGUCAGAGCCUAGUGACUCCCUGGAACUCCUGUUCUCAGGAAUCUACGACAGUAAACCCAGCCUGUCAGUCCUGCCCAGCCCUGUUGUGACAUCAGGAGUGAACAUGACUCUCCAGUGUGUCUCUUGGAGAAGAUACGAAAAGUUUAUUCUCACUAAGGAAGAUCAGAAGUUCCUCAGCUCCCUGGACUCACAGUACACACACAGCAAUCAGCAGUACCACGCCCUUUUCUCUAUAGAUCAUGUGACCCCAGAUCACACAGGGACAUUCAGGUGUUAUGGCUACUACAGUAAUACCCCACACUUGUGGUCUGUACCCAGUGAUCCCCUGGAAAUACACAUCUCAGCCUUAGAGACACAUGAUCAAACAGUGGAGAAUCUCAUCAGGAUGGGGAUGGCUGGCAUGAUCCUCAUAGUCCUCGGGGUUCUGAUUUGUGAGGCUUGGAAUAGCCGCAGAUGUGCCCACAAUACAUCUGGGACCUACUCGGGAGAGUCAGAAGCACAACUUUCAAGUGUGAAACCAGUUCCUUACUGCGCUAGAAAGAUCCAAAGUCAGCAAGAUCUCGACAACACAAGAAGUAACAGGAUGGGUGACCAAGAACUUCCCCAAAAGGAUACCAUAUGUGAUUCCAGCUACAAUCAACGUGGACGUAAAUAACAAUCAUCACAGCAACACAGAGGAACAUAUCAAAGGAGAGGAAGGCUGGGGACAUUUUAAUAAGAAGCCCACGCCUGACCAUCUUGUAAAGAUACUGACUAUUCAAGAGUUUAGCGACUGCAAAAAGAGAGGCAGAAGUUGAGACCAAGACAAUGACUGAAAGCUUUUCUUUUAAAGCUUUUAGGAUGAAGCUCAGGGGCAACCCUGGCACAUUCCAUGGCAGGUGUGGGUGACAGAGGCAUAGGAACAAACAUGCAUGGUAGACAGCGCUGAAGGGAGAAGUCUUGUUAGAAAGGGAAGGGGUAAGGAAAGAGAAAAGAAGUAAAGAGACAGAGAGAGGAAAGAAGAGAAGAGAGAGACAAGAAAAGUCCUGUCUGCACAAGGAAACAGAGGGAAAGAGAGAAAUGGGCAAAGAGAGUGUAAGUAGGUGGAGGUCUGUCUUUUAAAGGGGCCCUUUGCACCUGGGCUGACCAUGGUACUGCCUGAGUGCAUUCUGCCAGGAUACAGGGGCAGGCCAGCAUAAUGCCUGAAUCCUUACAAAAGCACCAUGGGACAUACAUGUAUCAGGCUCUAGUCAUGAUCUGCUCAAUAUUGAUUCUGAUCACAGUCAGCUUGACCGUGACCACAGUUUCCAAGACUUCACUUUGUGCUGCAUGAAGAAGAAGUUGUGGGCAUGAGCUACAACAGCCUUCCAGAGGAAACAAAACUUGGGAACUAUUGAAGAUUCCACUGUGGAAAUCAGGGGUGAUGGUGCCAACUCUUAGAAAUUUUAAUAGUGAAAAUUAAAGACUAUUUUCAGACUUAUUCAUGAUGGCAGAACAACUGGUCAGAGGUGCCAACAGGGAAAAAUUGUCUGGAAUAACUGCAGUGAGUUUUAGUUUUCUUUUACUUCUUUCUUCUGUAAGAUGUGUUUCAAGAACGAACAAAAAAAUUGGCAAAUGAACGGGAUAUUGCUAAAAACAGUUGACCCCGGGACAUGCUAACCACACUUAGAGUUCACCCUUUAUCCAAGUAACAGCUUUCUGAAUGCACACCUCUCUUUUUAAUUAAUUUUAUUUAAAUUAAAAACAAUCUUAUUUUACAUAACUAUCCCAGUUCCCUCUCCCUCAUGUCCUCUCAGCCCCUACCCCCACUAAUCUCCCAUAUCAUCCCAUCCACUCCUCAGGGAGAGUGAAGUCUCCCAUGGGGGAUCAUCAAAGUCUGUCACAUGGUUUGGGGCAGGAUCUAGGUCCUCCCCCAUGUACCUAGGCUGAGAUAGUGUCCCUCCAUAGUGAACGGUCUCCCGAGGCCCAUUCGUGCCCUAGGGAUGAACACUGGUUCCUCUGAACACACACCUCUCAUUCAAUCUGUAAUGCCCGCUGUAGGGAAUAUGUGCAACUGUCACACUUGAGUGUCAGUUUAGCCUGCUUCUAGCCAAAUCCCAAACGAUGCUCCAGCACCUCCAGGGAAUGUUUGACGAGUUGCAGAAACGGUAGAGUGCAAGUUUUCACUCCUGUCCUCAUGUGCAGCAGCACUGUGUUCCCCGGAGCCAGCACCCCUUCCGUUCCAUGCCCAAUCUGCAUUUACUGUAGUGCAUCACACACUGGAAGCCCGCCAAAGGAGCGUGUCCAUUCAGUGCUCCUGCUGAAAGAAGCAAGCGAGUCAUGGGCAUGACAACUAUGCUUACUGCGGAUAUGUGCGCUAGAUACUGACAGUAGAUUUACAAUGUAAAUGUUUGUGAGAACACCAAAUUGCAAAUACCAGUCAUACACUGUUACUACCCAAGGUUUCAUCAAAGAUCAGGAAGAGGAUUUUGUUUUCUUUCUUUCUUUCUUCUAUUUUCAACUUUUCCACACUGUGGUCACUUAUUUUAUUUGACUAAUACUAUUUUUGUCUAAAUUUUAGUUUUUAUUUCACGUAUUUUUAUCAAACCUGAACUUAACCUCUAAAAUCUGUAAAUUAGAAACCUUAAAAAAUAUGAUUACAUAACUUUGUCAUUCCAAGUGAGUACUGGGUGGAGGAGAGAGAAGAGAAGCAGAGACUCAUUCAGAAAUACAAGGAGACCAUGAGCAACAAGGCGUGCAGGUAUUUUGAUGAAGGCCGUGGGAGAUGCCCAUUUGGAGGGAACUGUUUUUACAAGGAUGCAUACCCUGAUGGCCAUAGAGAGGAGCCGCAGAGACAGAAAGUGGGGACAUCAAGCGGAUACCAGGCCCAAUGAAGGAGACACUUCUAGGAGCUCAUUGAGGAGAGAGAGAACAACCCCUCUGACAACGACGAAGAGGAGGUUGUCACCUUUGAGCUGGGCGAGAUGUUGCUUAUGCUUUUGGCUGCAGGUGGGGACGACGAGCUGACAGACUCUGAGGACGAGUGGGACUUGUUUCACGAUGAGCUGGAGGACUUUUAUGACUUGGAUCUAUAGCUGCUUGUGUGGCGUGUGAACUGGUCUGUGGAGCCUCUGACAGUAGCUGUCCCCUGUGCUGUGUGGCAGUGCGUGUGGCUCUCCUAGGCAGGCCUCUCAAACUCCAGGUGCUGCCGUGGUCACUACCCAGGGCCUGCUCUUCUACCCCCGACCUUUCCCCAAGAGUGUGUUGUUUUCUCUGUUUCAAAAAGUUACAAAAUAAAUCUUAAAGUU